UGUGUGAAACUUUAUACACUUGAUUUCUAAAUCUUUCUGCAUGUAGGAAAAAUUUUAGUACAAAUACAAAAGGUUUAGGGACAAUUUCAUCACAAGUCUUGCUGUUGCUGUGUUCACGUGAUUACAAUUUACAUAUGGCAUAAAUAAAAGCUCUAACUAGCCCUAUUUGGUAUAAAAAACGAAAUAUAGCCUCAUUAUCAGAUGGACACUCAUUAUUCAGAAACCAUAUCACUUGCAUUAUUCACUUGAAACUAUAUCACAAAUUCAGACUGAACUAGAAACAGUUGCACACAAGGGAGGUACACAAAGGGGGAAAUGGAUACACACCUUCAUAUUUAUACAUGAAAAAUAUCAAGAUGAUUAUUUUACAUCAAGAAAAAAUACAUAAGAUUUUCAUGGACAAAAUCAAUAUGUACAUAAUCUUCCUUAAAUGGUGCCAUUCCACCUUUUGAGAGUUAAAGAAAAUCUUUUUAAUUCCAAAAUUUCUGUAUGGGGGCAAUGUUGAUGUUGGUACUAUUGCUAUUAGUUUUAUAAUGAGCUUAUUAGUUUAUUAUGCAUAUUUGUAUGUCAGAAGAACUGUUACCCAACCACUUAUUCCUCGGAACAUGAACACGCUCAUAAUCGCAGCAGUACCAUUGUUCAGCCACAAGGAAAUGUUACUGUGCAUAAUCUUUUUAGACAUUUGUGAUGGUGGAAGCAUUCUCUUAAAAUGUUUUUAUUUUUAUUUUUUAAUGAAUCUCAAUUUUUUCAAAUAUAAUUCUGCAGAUAGAAGAGGAUGACAUCUAUAAGUGCAUGUACAGGUGCUAAAUGGAGUGAGAAAGGUUCCGGGCUUGGCGACCAAUGUUUGUCUGAUUUCUGAAGACAUAGUUUGCAUGUAAGUUUUAUGUUUCACAUCUUUUUAUGUGGAACUUGUUACAUGGCGAAACAAAUUCAGUAUUUACAAGACUGAAAGACUUUAUGCAAGAAAUCUGAUCAUGUUAAAUACAUUGAGGAAUGAAAUGUGAAAUUUAAUUAAGUCUUACUUUUCCAAUCUGUUGUUUUUCUGUGAUUUUCUUUUUUUAAUGAUUGGUCAUGAUCAGUCAAAACCAGCAACUGGAGGGCAUAUUUUUUAUUAGCACAAGAUGUUCCAGAGACUACCAGCCCAAUAAAGACAGAGAGGGAAGCCCUCAUAAAACCUUGCCUUUUGGUCUAGUUUUAUGUGACAACCUGAGGCUAGUGUGAAAAUACCCAAGAUUCACUUUUACUUAUCCUGAAAUUCAAGAUUCAUUUCUGUUGCUCUGAGAUAUGGUUUGCUCCUCUGGCUUUCUCGACACUACUGAGUUUAAGUUUCUUUAUCUGGUUUUCAGUGGUCUCUUAAUAUCUGUCCUCAUAUUUGACUCGCAAUUAAAAUAAUACAUUGUUAAACUAUUUAUGAAGGAUGAAGAAAUCUAAACACUUUUCUAAGUUAAAAUACAAGGACCAAUGUCAAUCGAAAUUAAUUAAUUGAAUCCUGGAAUGCCUUUUUCACAUUGGCCUUCAAAACCAAAUUCAAUUCUUGGCACUCUUCCGUUUGCCAUGCAGAAACACUUGCUUAUUAGAAAAUCUGAAGUAAUGCUAGGAAAAGCAAACCUUCAUUUACUUAAUUUACCUUGUGUAUGUGCAGAUUGGAAAUGUGCCAACCUUUUGUAUCGUAGCUCUGGAGAAUGUACUUGAACAACCUUGACCAUAUUAGAUGGAUUUAAAACAAAAAUGUCAAAGAUAAAAAUCCGUUGCAACAACAAUACUUUGGAAGACGGGCAACAGCAGUGAGUGUGACAUAAAUAUUACAGAAUAUUUGUUUUGACACCUUAGACUCUGGAAAACUCAAACGUGGCAUGUGUAAAUUACACCCUAUUCAUUUCUCAACUGUUUCUUUUAUGAUUUGUUUCUUCCUCUCCUAUUUUCUCCUCAACAGUCUACAGCUACUCAGUAUUGAAAUUACAGGACUUUCAUUGGUCGGUCAGGAGGCAGCUCAGGAACCAAUCCCAGUGUGUCUAACAGCAUGGCCGUGCUGUGUGACAUGCCUUUUGUUUUUAAUUAUCAUGGUGCAGUUUAAAAAUGUUGCCCUGCUUGGCUUGACACAGUGGGUUCUGCGGGGAGCUCAAAGGUAGGGUGGCGAGGUUAAAGUAGACAGAAGCCCCCAGAACUCACUUCUAAGGUAAGGGCAACUCACUCCGUCAAGCGAUCCUAGAGGUUUCAAGUGCCAAGGGUCUCGCAGCUUUAACCGAACACAGUAGAAACGGCUGAAAGCUGACAAUGGCACGAACAGGACGGCUAACGUUUUCCUGCAUGGUCACUGGCUUCCUGCUUGCAACCGCGUUAUUACCAGACUUUCUGGGGGCUGGUCCAGUGGGGGAACGUCUGAAAGGAGACGUGGGAGAUGCAGCACCAGAGGAGAAGGCUGCCAGUCCGUCUGCCUUGAAGAAACUGACCCGGAACAGGAGGGACGUCAGCUGGUAUAGGCGGCUCCCAGACUUCUGGACCUGGUACAAAUUCUUUAUGAACACUGGGAACCAGGAGGGGGUGGAGGAUCUCGACCGCAUUUACCUCAAUUACCUGCAGAACAAACAUCGGGUGGAGGAGGGCGGCCCCUCCUUCAACCACUACCUCCAGCACCUGGGGGAGAUCUACAAGCUGUGUGCCGACUCAGAUGACCCAGAAUGCCUUGCUGAGCAAACCAGCAAACCCAAGGCUAAGGUUGUUAUGCCCAAGCCGGCUCCAUUGAAGACUGUCUGUGACCCGUUCACAGACCCCUAUUGCCUUUUUGCCAGAAUGGUGGCCGCCAAGCUUCCCACCCCAGCCUCACAGCCCCCAGCCCCAGCCCCAGUCAAAGGUCCAUCCCCCAUUCUAGCUCCCCUGUUACCCCUGCCUGGCAAAGCCCCCCUGGGUUACUACUACGCCCCGGUUCUCGAACCCUUCCUGUCGGCCGAACAGCGGGGUGAGCUUCUGCGCAUCUGCAACCCUUCUGACGUCGAGUGCCUGCAGUAUCACCUGCGCGCCGCGUAUGGCUACAGGCCGGCUGCUGGCCCCGCCCCCUCCUACGCGCACCUGGGCUGCGACCCAACCAAGAACCCCUACUGCAAACCCACCCUGGUGCAGAAGGCCCCGUCGGGACUCUACCACCUGUACCCGACCUGCGACCCGGACUUUGACCCCUUCUGCAAGCCGGGCGCGCCGGCCCCGGCCCCUCAAACCGCGGAGUCCGAGGAGGCCCCCAAAGAGCAGGUCUGCAACCCGCUCUUUGACGACAACUGCAACCCCCUCACCGCCACCAAGCUGGCUGGUAUCACCAGGCCCGUCUUAGAGUACACCCCCAAGGAAGAGCCUGCCAUGAACCUCGCCUGCGACCCUCGCUACGACCCCUACUGCCUCAUCGGGGCCGCUGCCGCCCUUCUGAAGCCACCUGCACCCCUGCCCCAGGACCAGACCCGCCCUCGCUUGGGCUUCAAGGGCAAGACCAAGGAAGGCUAUGACUGCUACCUGUUCUACGACGAGGGCUGCUUCCCGCCAACCUCCAAGGGUGAGAGCAAAGCCCCGGAAGCCCCCGCCUCCGACGACCCUGACUGCCACCCCUACGACCCCACCUGCGGGAGGUUUGCCCCCCAGGCCUUAAGCGCACCCGAGGCCAACAAACCGGCCAAGGACGGCGUGAUCGAGCCCCACCCCGACUGCGACCCAGAGUACGACUACAACUGCCGCCUGCGGCGCGCCGAACCCGAGGCCGCCGCCACCCCCACGGCAGAGGAGGCGCCCCAGGAAGACCAGGUGGAGGAAGAGUCCAAGGAUGAGCCCGUCCGCCAGGAGGAGCCCCUCCAGGAGGCUCCCGGGUUCGACCCCUACCAGAGCGGGCAGGGCGACCCCUAUGCUAGCUAUGUGGCCCAGGACCACGCCGUCCCUAGCUUUGAAGACUUCCUUAGAGGAUAUGCGGACCAGUAUGGCAGAUACGACUCCUUUUCUGGAGGUUACAAGAAAAAAUAAGAACACACUAAGGAAAAAAGUAGGAAUGCUGUAAUAUGUGCAAGAUGCACGCAACACACAGAUCACACACACCCACACACACACAUGCGCACACACACAUGGAUCAAAAUGAAAACCUGGCCAGUCUCGUCUGUACCACGGUCCUGUGCUGCAAAAGCAGCAGGUCGAGGGGAGAUGGGGUGUGGGGCGUCUGCAUCAGUGAAUCUGAUUCACUUGGUCACAGUACAUGAAGUUCACUCCAUUGCUGCCUGAUAUGUGUGGAAAAUAGCCACACAAUGAACAUUCUCAUAGGUUCUUUGGCCAAAGAGAAGACCAUGUGAAACCUGUUUGGCCUCGUGUUUUUUAAAAACCCAAUGUCUGUAGUUAUGAGCCUUUGCAUUCUUGUGAUUUUUUAAUUAGGGGUAGCAUACUUGAAUAUAGUUUAACCUGGAAUUGCAUUUUCCUCAGUGGUAUGUCGUCCAUUUAAUUUUUAUUGUUAUGGAUCCCUUCCUCACUAAUAUUUAAUGUUGUCCUCUAGGCUUUCGCUUAAAAUGUGUACUUACAAACCUCAAAAACCUUUGUUUGGUUGUUGUUAAUAAUAUACAUUUUUUCCCUUUUCAAAUGUUAUGAAUAAAAAGCUUU